UCUACAUGUGAUUUAUUCCUAUGGCUUAAAUGAAAGUGAAAGUAUGAGCUGGAAACUCCCAGAAAGACUUCUCUGCAGUGAGCAUAGUCAGAUUUGAGAUAUAUAAGUCUACUGGGGUUUAUUGGUCCAGAUAAAGCAUGUUCCGUAUCCAGCUUUUCCUGAUUAUACUUUUGGACUAUCACACAAUUCUAGCAUUAUUUGUAGUAACGGCUCCAAAGGUAAUUUACACAGCAAGAUAUGGGCACACAGUCCAAAUGAUAUGCCAUUUUCCAAUUCCAAAGCAAGGAGACCUAAAUAAACUUAAAGUGUCCUGGCAACAUUAUCCACCAAAACUCAGUAAUCCAAGACAAGUAACAAUGUUUAACAAUGGAAGAGAAGAUGUUUCAAGCCAGGAGAAUUUCUAUAAAAGAAGAGCAAGUUUGUUAAUCCAAGAGCUAAAAAAUGGAAUGGCCAUUCUGCAAAUUGAAGAAGUAAAACUCACUGAUGCAGGAACAUAUGUAUGUGCUUUAGAACUUGGUGGAUCUGAUUACCAGGAGCUAAGGCUUAUUGUCCAAGCAUCUUACAGUAACAUUACAACUUCCUCUAAUACUUCAAAAGACAAUGAGAUAUCUUUGACGUGUGAGUCACUAGGUUUUCCUGAGGCACAGGUAUAUUGGGAACAAAAUGGAGUUAAUGCAAGUUUUCAGGUAAAUAAUUCCUGUACUCAAACUACAGAUGGAUUCCAUAAAAUAACAAGCACCAUCAAAGGCGUACACAUGAAUCAAAGCUACAAUUGUGUGUUCUGGAACCAAGCACUUAGCGAGAAGACAAAAGCUGUGCUGAAAUAUUCAGUUUCUGAUCCUUCUACACAGCCAUUUCUGAUCAUAACUAUAGUCGGAAGUAUGAUUUUCUUUGUGGGAAUGGCCGUUAUCUUUUAUUACAAAAGACAUUGGUGUUUUAAGUGCUUCAGGAAAAAAGGUGACCGUUCCUCAACACUAUGAAUACAUGGGCCGUUAUACAUAUGCACUUUAUAAAAAUGGACUUUCUGUGGAAUACAUUUCUUUAUUGUUGUGGAACAUAUAGAGCAUUACUAGCUUUAACAAAAUGUAUUGUACAUGUAUUUUUACUUUAUAGGUUGCUUACAAUACCACAAUGGCUAAACCGUUAGGGUUUGCUACUAAGUGUCUUAGUACUCCGGUGGAAAACAUUGUUUUUCUCAAAUAAA